AUGUAUAAAAAAUGUCUAAUCAUUCGCUAUGGAGAACUGUUUUUGAAGGGAAAAAAUAGAAAUGAUUUUAUUCAAAAAUUAGUUGCUAAUAUUACCUUAGCUUUCCAAAAAAAUAACUUUCCCAACUUUAAUAUCAAAAAACUAUCCGACCAAUUAAUAGUCACGGCCGAAAAUGAUGAAGAAUUGCCAAAAAUGAUUUCUUCCUUAAAUAAAGUGUUUGGGAUUAGUGUCUUUUAUCUGGCUUACCAGUUAGAAAAAGAUUGUGAAAAACUCUACAACUUUGUUAAGGAAAUUACUAACUAUUACCAAAUUAAUUUUACCACUUUCAAAUUUGACAUUAGCCGGAGUGAUAAAACUUUUGUCAAAAAUUCCUUAACAUUACAAAAAGAGUUGGGGGAAAUUAUAACCCAAGAACAAGGUCUAAAAGUCAAUUUAAGCAGUCCAGAAAAAACCUUUUAUAUCCGAAUUUAUCGUAAUUUUAUCAUUUUUUUUACUGAGAAAAUAAAAGGUUUGGGCGGUUUGCCAGUGGGUAGCUCCGGAAAAGUUCUGUUACUUCUAAGUGGGGGUAUAGAUUCGCCAGUAGCUGCCUACCAAUUAAUGAAAAGGGGUUCAGAAGUUAUUUAUUACCAUUUUUAUCAGCAAAAAGAGGGUCAAGAAAAAAUAUUUAAGUUAGCGGAAAAACUAAGCCCUUACAAUAAUUAUUCUAAUAAUACUUGUCUAGUUGGUACUCAGACCCUUUUGACUGAAAUUAGCCAUAUUAGUCAAGAAAAAUACCGUCUUGUCAUUUUAAAAAGAAUGUUUAUUCGUUUGGCUUGUUCCUUAGCCCAAGAAUUAAAAAUUAGAGCAAUUGCGACUGGUGAUUCAUUAUCUCAAGUGGCUUCCCAAACCUUAGAAAGCCUAGCAGUCAUUCAACAAGUUAGUUCCCUAAUUAUAUUACAACCUUUAAUCAGUUAUGACAAAAACGAAAUAAUUACCGAAGCACAACGAAUAGGCACUUAUGACCUUUCUCUAAGUAAAUAUGAAGACUGUUGUUCUUUAUUUGAACCCAAACACCCCAUAACCAAGCCAAAAAUAGAAACAGUAGAAAAAUUAGAAAAAGAAAUUUUCUGA